AUGGGUAGCCAGAACGAUUCAAUCUCGGCAAAAGCCGAAGCACCCUCGACCCCUGUUGACAUGGCAGACGGACAAGUUCUCGCUGCCAAGUCUGCAGUCAAAGCUGUCGAGAACGGCCAGGGCAAGGAUGUCGACAUCGCCGCCCAAAUCAUUGCCGAGUAUGGCGACGAGUUCGACAGAAGCUGGACGCCUGAGGAGGAGAAACGGCUGAUCCGCAAGGUGGACUGGAUGAUUGUCCCAAUUCUCUUUGUGUGUGCGACACUCUCCGGCCUGGACAAGACCGCCAUCUCGGCUGCCGCUAUCUACGGCAUCCGAACGGACUUGAAACUCACAGGGCCCGAAUUCUCAUGGGUCGGCUCGGCCCCGUUCUUUGGUGGUCUCCUAUUCAUGGGACCCUCUGCCUACUUCAUUCAAAAGCUCUCAGCUGUCGUAUACUUCUCCUUCGCCGUUCUCUGCUGGGGCGUCCUUGCCUGCUGCAUGGCCGCUUGCCACAACUUUGGGUCUCUCUUCGCGUGCCGCUUCCUCCUCGGCGGCUUCGAAGCUCUGCUGAUCCCGGCUGUGACUCUCAUCACGUCCAUGUGGUACCGUCCAGAGGAGCAGCCCCGCCGGAACAGUAUCAUUCUGAACGUCGUCGCUCCCAUCAUCAACGGCUUUGUUGCCUGGGUGGUCGGCUACUAUAACGGCUCAUACGCCAAGUGGAAAAUUGUCUUCCUCCUAGUCGGCUGCGUGACCAUUGCCUGGUCCGCCGUCAUCUACUUCUUCCUGCCUAGCAACCCUCUCGAGGCGAAACGGCUCACUCCCAGAGAGAGGUACAUCAUCAUCCAGCGCAAGGCCUCGGACAACACCGGCAUCGAGAACAAGGUGUUCAAGCCUGCACAGGUCAAGGAGGCGUUCCUGGACCUCAAGACCUGGCUUAUCUGGUUUGCCAUCAUCGCGCUUCAGGUGCCCAAUGGAGGUCUCACUACCUUUAACACGCUUAUCAUUUCCGGGCUGGGCUUCAACCCGCUCCAGACCUCUCUUCUGGCCAUGCCUCCAGGUGCGAUGAGUACCAUCUCCGGUAUCGUGCUUUCGUACAUCGCCUCUACCACACGACGAUUCAGAACUCCAAUUGUGGCUGGCUCGAUUUUGCUGCCCCUCCUGGGAGCUUUGCUAUGCUAUUGCCUGCCGCGUAACAAUCUCGCUGGUCAACUUGUUGGUCUCUACAUUCUCUACACCUACUGGGCGCCUUAUGUCACUCUUGUCUCCGUCUACCAAGCCAACAUUGCCGGGCAUACCAAGAAGGUCACCCUGUACGCCUGGUUCUAUGUCGCCUGGGCCACCGGCAACAUCGUUGGACCCCAGACGUUUCGUCAGGAGCAGGCGCCCGCUUACACUGGCGGCACUAUCGCCAUGAUUGUCUGUUACGUCGUCGCUAUGAUCUGUGUCCUUGCGUAUGGAGCACUCUGCAAGCUCGAGAACCGGCGACGUGGCGCCGAGGCCGACGACCAGACGGUCGCUACGCAAGACUGGCUGGACCUGACGGAUAAGGAGUACAAGGGGUUCAAGUACACGACGUAA